AUGAAUGAUAAUGGGGAUUGGGUUGAGGGGGAUCCUAUGAAAAAUAUUAUAUUGCAGUAUUAUAAGCGUAUUUUCUCUGCUGGAACCCCGGGAACUGGGGAGGAUUUCUUUGAGGGAAUUGUCCCGCGAAUCACGCAGGCACAGAAUGAGUAUUUGUUGCGUCCUUUUGAACUGGAUGAGAAAACCCCUGAGUACGUCACUGAUUUGCGGCCUAUAGCCCUCAGUAAUGUGGUAUAUAGAGUUAUGGCAAAAAUGUUGGCUAACAGAAUGAAUCCGUUGAUGGAAGGUGUAAUAUCGGAGUCACAAAGCGCAUUUAUCCCGGAUAGGUUGAUAACGGAUAAUAUACUAUUAGCUGCAGAGGUGGGGCAUUUUUUAAACAGGAAACAAUGUGGAGUGGGGGGAUGGAGUGCUCUCAAGCUAGAUAUGGCAAAGGCAUAUGAUCGGGUCGAAUGGCCCUUCUUACGAAGGAUGAUGUUGGCGCUGGGAUUUCAUGGUGGUUGGGUGGAGUUGAUUAUGAAGUGUGUAACCUCUGUCUCAUAUAAUAUUCAGGCCAAGGUGGAGGAAGCAACUGAGAUUAAAAGGUGCCUAACUGUGUAUGAGAACCUAUCCGGGCAGGCAGUAAAUUAUCAUAAGUCGAGUAUAUGUUAUAGCAGAAAUACUAGUGAUGAGGAUAGACAAAGUGUGGCUCAGAUUUUGGGUGUGGCACAGGCACCGAAUUUUGGUAAGUAUUUGGGACUCCCCUCUUUUAUUGGAAGGCAUAAGAAAGCAGCUUUUGCGUAUGUGGAGGAUAAAAUCCGUCAAAGGAUUGGGUCAUGGAAUAAAAAACUGCUAUCACAGGCAGGGAAAGAAAUUCUUUUGAAAACUGUAACACAAUCAAUGCCUACGUUUUCAAUGAGUGUUUUCUUGUUACCUGUAUCAGUAUGUACGGCGAUAGAAAGGACGAUGAAUCGUUACUGGUGGGAUUCUGGAACUGACAGGCGAAUACAUUGGAAGGCAUGGGAUAAGUUAUGUGUCCCGAAGAAAUAUGGUGGGCUGGGAUUUAAAGAUUUGCGUGCAUUUAAUCUAGCAAUGCUAGGAAAGCAGGCGUGGCGAAUGUUGACUAAGCCUGACUCUCUGGUGGCACGUGUGUAUAAGGCCCGGUAUUUUCCAAAAGGAUCUUUCUUUGAUGCACAGGUGGGAAAUAAUCCUAGUUUCUGCUGGCGCAGUAUCAUGGCAGCAAAGAGUAUUAUCUGUGGUGGGGUCAGACGCAGAAUUGGUAAUGGGGAAUCUACAUUCAUAUGGACCCACCCUUAG